GAUUUGCGAGAUUAGGAGGAAAAAAACUUUAAUUUGGCCCCAGACAAGCGAUAUAGACAAGCAACAAUUAGAAAUAGUUGAUGAAUAUUGAGGUUCCAGUCGAGGAACAUUGAGAAUUUAAAACAUAAUUUGAGAGACAUUUGUAGCACAUUAAGUAAACAUAAUAUUUUGACUAGUGACAUCACAGUUGCUUGUUGUAUAGUUGAAAUGAUGGCCAUUACAUUUUAAAUCAAUCUCAAAUUAAACGAAUUCAAUUCGAAAUGAAUUUUGUAUUCGCACAACACGAUACUUAUUGCGUGACCUCGUGAUAAAUCUCGUCAAUAGCUCCGCCCCAAAUAGGAAGUCGUGCACAACCAUUGUUCAACCAUUUGUUUUGCCAGGGAAAAGGUAAACGUGGAGGAUACGAGUCAUUUAGAUCAAGUCUAAACAUUCUCGUUUUCUCAACAAAGUUAAAGAUUUACUAGCAAAUGACAAUGGAGAAUGCUGCCCACCUCCAAAGUCAGCUAACCUCUCUCAUGAACGCGGUAAUGAGGGCAGCGGUCGUGGAAAUAGUCAGACUUGUAGAGGGCAGCGCCGUGGCCCUUCGCGACGAGUUGUCCAAGAGUAAACGGGAGAACGAAGCACUGAAAGCCGAGAACGAGUCGAAUAAAAAUAAGAUGCAAAAUUUGGAAGCAAAACUAGCUGCGGAGCAGCGUUCUCUUGGUUGUCAUGUAGCCGAAGCUGGUGGCGGUAAGAUCAAUUUGUCCAAACAAAGGAAGAUGUUAAGGCUUGUGCAGAGAAGACCCGUGCAAGGCUGCAAUCUUUGGAGCCAGCAGGCCAAUCCCAGGCUACAGCUUUCAAUAAAGGGGAAGGCCUAAAAGUUGUUGCCAUGGAGAAGGAUGGAAUACAAGUACUCCGCAUCAAGAAGGAAAUAAAUGAAGGCACAGAACAUGACACACCAUGUCCAAUGACCGGUGAGCAGCCGUGUCCCAAAGUGGACAUGGUGUAUGGCAAGGAGUGGAGCCAAAGCCUGUGGCGAGACGGAAAAGAAAUAGGAGACCGCAGCGACGGAACAGAGGAGAAAGAAACUCCAGGACCAUCAAUGACCCAGCAUCAGAAAAGGAGAAUUGUCCAUUAUGCAGAUGAUUGGAUUGAAGAGGACUGGAUUAAAGAGGAGGGCGUACCAGUGGAAACCAAUGAAAGUAUUGAUACUUCAGUCAUCCCAUUCAUGGCGGACAGUGAUUUGUCAGAGUAUGGAGACGGGCUAUCCACACUUUGCAGCCAAGCCAAUUACAUGGAUGCCAUGACAGAGAGCUUGAAAGGCAGAUUAGGGUCUGUUAGGGAUAAACAAACCACACGAUUAAAAACUGGAUUGUUGGGGAAUACUAAUGCCAAGAAGAAACAGAGAAUAAUUGAACUAGGCUGGAUGGACUUCAAUGAAAAGGGGAAAGAGUUCAAGCAAGUCAGGACAGUAAACGGUGGCGGUACAAGACACCUCUAUGUUGACAAGAAGAAAUCUGUUGAGGAAAUCAAAGUAAUGGCAGAGGAAAUGUUUUUCCCAAAUGGACUUUCAAAGAAAAACACACAACUGGAGGACUAUCAUCGAGAAAUCAGAUGGAGGUACUCUCAAGUAAACAAUUCAAGCACUGUGGAAGAACUUUAUGAGGAAACCAAAGUGGGAUGUCUACGACUCUAUCUUUGCACAAAGGCACACAGUGUCCGCGAUUUUGGGGUUGUAGUCAGUGCCGCCUCUGCCUAUACACAGAGUACGCGCUGCGCGUAGGGCCCCGCCUAUUCACCGUAAACGUUGCGCGUAGAACACCACCGAUUGGUCUGAAAAUCAGGGCUGUUGCUCUGCCGCGUUCCACCCCAGAUAUCUAUAGUUUAAACUGACGGAUUUUGAUGGGGGUAUCUUUAUCACGUUAGUUAGAUUGCAUCAAAUAGAUUCAACUGCCUAAUUCUUGAGGACACAAUUACCAUAUAUUUUUGAUUCAUUAGAUCAUAAUGUAUAUACAAUAAUUUAGCGUGGAAAUGUUUACUCAUUGUAUUAAAACUGGGACUUGCUUUGUUUGUA